CCUAUAUAGCUUACACACCAUCAUACCCACCAACAUAUAUAAUCUUUGUCAUAGAGAGGGAUAAACAAAGGCAGAUAUCAAGAACAAUACCAAGAUCAAGAACAAGACUUCACUAGGAGAAGGAGAAUGGGAAGAGCACCAUGCUGUGACAAAGCGAACGUGAAGAAGGGGCCUUGGUCUCCUGAGGAAGAUGCAAAGCUCAAAUCCUACAUUGAAAAGAAUGGCACAGGAGGCAACUGGAUCGCUUUGCCUCACAAGAUUGGUUUGAAGAGAUGUGGGAAGAGUUGCAGGCUGAGGUGGCUUAACUAUCUUAGACCAAACAUCAAGCAUGGUGGCUUCUCUGAGGAAGAAGAAAAUAUCAUUUGUAGCCUCUAUCUUACUAUUGGUAGCAGGUGGUCUAUAAUCGCUGCUCAAUUGCCGGGACGAACAGACAACGAUAUAAAAAACUAUUGGAACACAAGGCUUAAGAAGAAACUUAUCAGCAAACAACGCAAGGAGCUUCAAGAAGCUUGUAUGGAACAGCAAGAUAUGAUGGUUAUGAUGAAGAGACAACAACAACAACAACAACAACUACAAAAUCAAAGUUCUUUCAUGAUGAGACAAGACCAAACAAUGUUCACAUGGCCACUACAUCAUCAGAAUGUUCAAGUACCAACUCUUGUCAUGAAUCAAACCAACUCGCUCUGCGACCAAGAAGAUAUUAAGCCAGCGAUCAUGGUCAAGAUCGAAGAUCAAGAACUGGAGAGGGCAAACGCUCAUCAUCAUCAUCAUCAUCAUCAAGAUUCGAUGACGACAAACGCUUUUGAUCAUCUCUCCUUCUCUCAACUUUUGUUAGAUCCUAAUCAUAACCACUUAGGAUCAGGAGAGGGUUUCCCCAAGAACUCGAUUUUGAGCGCCAACUCAAACUCUCAAUUGCUCAACACAAGUAUUGAUCAUCAAUGGUUCGGGAAUUUCCAAGCCGAAACCAUCGAAUUAUUUUUAGGAGCCGCCACAAGUACUUCGGCAGAUCAAAGCACCAUUAGUUGGGAGGACAUUAGCUCUCUUGUUUAUUCCGAUUCGAAGCAAUUUUGUUAAUUAACUAUUCUCAACAUGAACCGUACGUCAUUAUUAUUAAUUGGAGUAAUAUAGGGUACGUGUAUAUAUGGAAUAACGAUCUAUUUAAAAACUUUUUAUUGAUA